GAGAGCAAAGGCAAGAAGAAGCUUAAUGAAGACGCUAUGAAGAUUAUUCAGAAGUACAAGUUGACACCUCAGGACAACUGCUCAUCAACAGAGGAUCGUCAGUUGCGUCUUGCCACCCGAUUCGUCAAUGAAGCAUUGUUGUGCUUGGAGGAAGGAGUCAUUUCUGGACCUACCGAUGGUGACAUCGCAUCCGUAUUUGGCAUUGGAUUCCCACCAUUCUGGGGUGGCCCAUUCCGAUUUGUGGAUCUAUAUGGAGCGAAAAAACUUGUGGACUCAAUGAACAAAUAUGCGUCAGCCUAUACCUCUGACCAGGUGAGCUCCCUUCUCAGUUUAGAGAAUGGGCUAGGCAAACUUUAUCUUACAAGUCUCUUGUUACAGUUGGAAUUCCUUAAAGUUAACGAUUUGUCUUAA